GUUCAGUGAUGGUGUAGAUCUGCCAUCAAGGCCACGUACGUUAACCGCAAUAGCUGCGGUACUAGGGCUCAUACUCUGUACCGAGUUGAUAGCGGCCGCUUGAUACGACUCAACAGCUUCAUCACAAAGAGGUGGACAUGGCCACCAGGGUGUUUAUGGCAGUGAAGACACUGUUUAAAAAGUACCCAAUGGCUUCCAAUGCAGUGGUAUAUGGAACACUCAUCACGGGGGCAGAGUUCACUCAGCAAACUAUCACAAAGAAGAUUUUGGUGAAAGAUUCACACCACGAGCCAAUUGACAAAGGAUCCUUGAGCCGAUAUGCGAUAAUGGGAACGUUAAUUUAUCCAAACGUCUUAUAUAUAUGGUACAGAUGGUUGGACAGCCGAUAUAUAGGGACAGCAUCGAAGACAAUUGUGAAGAAGCUGCUACUAGAUCAGUUUGUGUUAACACCACCUCUCCUAUGUGCCUUUUUUAUUAUUAUGAGUGCAAUGGAGAGGAAAGAAGACAUAUUUGAAGAAUGCAGGAAAAAAAUGGUACCUACAUUUCAGACAAGCUGUAUGUUCUGGUUACCAGCGCAAACACUGAAUUUUCUUCUUGUGCCUCCUGUGGGCCGAGUCGUUUAUGUGGGUACCUGCGCUUUCAUCUGGAUUAACAUCCUUGUUUGGAUUAAACGACAGCAGUACUGAACAUCGGCGAACGCUAACAUGAAGCCACAUCCCACUGCUAACAACCACAGGGACUAUACACAUAUUUAUUGACAUACGUUGUGAACAUCUUACUCAAGGGACAAACUGUGACAUCUCUAUAAUGUCUACUGUGAUGUGGAGCCAGCUAUUCAAGUACGCAAGUUUAGUACAACAGCAUCAUCCUGUCAACAUAAAUAUUCUCAUUUGGAUCAAAGUUACAUUUCUAGUACUCACAAUGUCUAAAUGAAAUCUUCUAGGGUAACCAGCCAUAUCAAUAUAGAAUAAAACUGCAAUAAUUCAGAGAUUACAUCAGCGACUGGUGUGAUGAAUGACAAAGACUUGCCAAUAUACUUAGAUUAGCCAAAGGGAGAUCGGUGGUAAAGUAAAUUAACACAACUCGUUGUCGUUUAGCCUUGGUGAAAUCGCUCGACUCCAAUGCUAUCACUUUGGUUAGUUCUUGAUCAACAAGUACUGGGCUGUGCUAGACUACACAUUUAUAUCAGCCAAUUUAUGAUGUUCAUCAUAUAAAUUCCUCAUGAUGGAGAUAGCCUGAAACACUGAAUUAAUGCAGCUGAUCACUUAAGACAACUUCACGCCUAUUAGUGUUCAUCACAACAGCUGAUGUUUUCCAUCUGUCAACUUCCUGUGAUAUAUUUUUGCAGUACUUGCUCAGUCCACUAGCAACUUCACGCUGAAAAUGUUUAUAAUGUAAUCAGAAAUAUAUAGUCAUAGGAAUUAAUGACCUCUCGUGAAAUAAGAUUAUAUAAAAAUGUUCUCUAUUUUCCGUCUCUUCCAGACUGUGUUGGAUUCUUUCAGUGGAAACAAUUCUUGUCUGUGAUGAGUACAUAUGUCCUCACUGCACAAUUACACGCUCAGGUUCAGAAAGGGCUGUGCUGUAAUUUUAUGUCACUGUUCUUAUGAUACUUCUCUGGUGAGAGCUCUUUUCUUUCUGUUCUGUUACUCAAUCCAGAACGACUGUUGUCUGCAUGUGUUAUCCUACCACCGUUCACUGUAAUUUACAGUAAUAUUCAGUGUAUAAAAUUUACAGAAUACAGGCCAAUAAGUUUCAA